AUGGCUCUUGAAACAAUGCAUAAAGACUCCUGUAUGUGCUCAAAAUCUGAACUCGAUUUAUUUUCUAUUCCACCGACUCAAGUGGUAAUGGAAAAGGGAUUUUGGGAAGCUGUUGAUCCUAUUACGAGCAUAUCUUCUUCAGAUACGACAGAAUUUUUAUGUGCUGCAAAUUCUGGUGUUUAUACCGACUUAGCAAGCAGUUACCUAUACGUUAAAGCAAAGAUCACUACUGCGGCCGGAGGAAAUGUGGGUGCAGACAUUCAAGUUGGACCUUCAAACCUUUGGAUGCAUGCAUUAUUCUCACAAGUUGAAGUAUUUCUGAACAACAAACUGGUCACCCCAUCAAGCACAGCAUACCCUUACCGAGCGUAUAUCGAAACGAUCCUGAACUUUAGUAAAGACGCCAAAGAUUCACAUUUGACCUCAGCACUGUUCUAUAAAGAUAAAGCUGGAAAGAUGGAUGCAGUAAACCCGCUCGCACAAGAUGCCAACGUCAACACGGGAUUAAAACAACGCCAUGCAUAUACACGUGAAAGCAAAUCUGUCGCCAUGGAAGGAAGACUUCAUUCUGAUCUAUUCGCGCAAGACCGUUAUAUUCUUGGUGCUGUGCCAAUCAAGAUCAAGCUGGUGAGAUCUAGAGAUCCGUUUUGUUUGGUAUCAUCCGCAGAAAAUCCCAAUUUCAAAGUGGUCAUCGAGGAAUGUUUGUUUCGUGUACGACGAGUUAAC